GGUCGCCCUGGCAGAAACCCCGCCUCUCCCCCGGCGGCACCUCAGGCGCAUGCGCACGCCGCGGCACUUCCGGCGGUGGCCAUGGUGACGGCGGUAGCCAGGAAGACGGUUCAGAAAGGAAAACUCAUGGAUCUCACAAGCACAGUCAUCAUCCCGCUGCUUUUUGGCAGCUUGGGGAUCUUUGCCCUUUUUCGGCUACUGCAGUGGAUGCGGAUGCGGGCUUACCUCCAGGAAGCCGUGGUCGUGAUCACGGGGGCUACCUCUGGCCUGGGAAAAGAAUGUGCAAAAGCCUUCCACGCAGCUGGCUCCAAGCUGGUGCUCUGUGGCAGAGACAGCGAGAAGCUCAAAGACCUGGUGCAGCAGCUUUCUACCAUGACCAACCACCGAAAGAACACACACAAACCUCACACUGUGGUAUUUGACCUUUCGGACACUAAAACUGUCCUAAAUGCUGCUGAAGAGAUCCUGAGGUACUUGGGUCACGUGGACAUAUUGAUCAACAAUGCAGGCAUCAGUUUCCGAGGCACAAUUGUGGACACAGGACUGGAUGUGGAUAAGAAAGUGAUGGAAACAAAUUAUUUUGGUCCUAUAGCCCUCACCAAAGCACUUCUCCCCUCCAUGAUCAAGAGGAGACAAGGCCACAUUGUGGCCAUCAGCAGCAUCCAAGGCAAAAUAAGCAUUCCUUUCAGAUCUGCAUAUGCUGCCUCUAAGCAUGCUACCCAGGCCUUCUUUGAUUGUCUACGAGCAGAGGUCGAGCAGUACAACAUCGAUGUGACAGUUAUAAGCCCCGGGUACAUUCAGACAAACCUCUCUCUCAAUGCUAUAACAGCAGAUGGAUCUCGCUAUGGAGUGAUGGACAAGAACACCGCUGAAGGACAGACAGCUGCAGAGGUUGCUCAGGUGGUUCUCAGUGCUGUGGGACAGAAGAAGAAGGAAGUGCUUGUAGCUGGCCUGACACCCUCCCUGGCUGUCUACCUGCGAAACCUCUUCCCUAGGCUCUUCUUCACCUUAAUGGCCACUAGAGCAAAAAAGGAGAGAAAAGCAAAGGACUCGUAGAGCUCAGGUCCUUUGAGCAGUAACUGUAGGUGGAGGCUAACCCCCUGCAGUUUGUUCUGGGACACGAGUGGAGGUGCUCCUGCAGGAAAAACCUUUCUCAAAAUACUGCCAUUUACUGUUGCGUGGAGACGGCUUCCCCCACAUGAGGGCAGGCCCACUCACUGGCAAACAGCACCUAAACCUCGCCUGAAGAAGGGUGCUUGGAGAAAGGGGGGGAGCUCAAGGGAACACGCUUUGAGGCAGGGGAGGCCCAUGUGCUGGAAGACAGCACCUUACCUCACCUCACUCCAGGCAUGCUCAGCUCUGCUACAAAUAAAACUCACCUGUUUUUCCCACACGUAAAGCAGAUUUCAUUUUCCCCACCCCGCGGCCCCUGUGAAAUACAGUCCUUGGCUGGGAGCUGUUGUGAUCAGCAUCUCCUUCCCACUCCUUCCAAUCUGAUUUAGAUCAUGUUGCUUGAAGUGGGAAACUUCACAGAGCCUCUGUUUGUCAACAUGCCAAAUGAUUUGGUAUGUUAAGCUAAAGUCAAGUCCAGUGCCACUUUUACAGUAACAGAUGUAAAAUUUAAGUUUUAUUUGGCAGUUUGUCUGUCUGAAUCAUGCUUUACGGAUGUACAGGGACAUUUAACUCUUGUGCUACCUGACACUACAGCAUUAACCCCAGCAUAAGUUAAUGAGGGGAAGCACCGAACAGAUAAAAAAACCCCACAAAAUCACAUAUAGAUAUCCAAAUAUUAAAAAAAAAAAAAAAGCACAGCAAGGUACGCUGCUCGUGUGAAUACUGUGUGGCUGGUAGCAGCACAUUGGGUCCCAGGGCACAGAGUAGGUGUGAUUCUGUAGAUUGCAGCCAUACCAUUGCCUGGCAAAUAGAGGAGUAUCUGUGCAUGUAGGGUGGACAGUAUAGGAGACAAGACCCUCAGUUCCCAUCUGUUUUAAAGCAAUCGCAGAUGCUCAUUAGGAUCACAUCCAGCAGGGGAACGAUCACGCCUGCUCAUGUAUCGCAGGAGCACCAUGGUGCAUUCUUCACCACUUCUCCUCAUGGGAGGGAUACCAGCACCACCAGGAAAAAAGGAGUGGCUGCACAGAGAUAGUUCAGCAAGGACAGAAAUAAUCUCUUUUAACUUAUAAUUUAAAUAAAGCCGCCUAGCAGGAACCAAGGUCCAGACCCCUGCCUGCCGUCUCCAUGCACUUACCAGCAUUUUCCACUGCCUUGUAUGUCCUGCCUGUGAGUGCACAUCUGAUGACAAAUAAAUUACAUUGCUAUGAAAUCAAUCCUUUUGUUCUACUUCAGCUCCUCACAGCAGGUAACAUCAGAGGAAGGGAAAGCAGGAUGCGUUUGUUUUUCUUUUCUUUUGUACCAGUAGUAGCUGCAGGACAACAUAAUUCAUCCUAGCCCUCUUCACAUCACCUGCUUACAGUAGACAUAGUGUGAAUCUACACAGAGAAUUAGUCACACUAAAACUGAUACAGGUGUGCAGGCUCAGCAGGACUUUCUCCUUCAAAAAGCCUUUUCUUGACCACUACAGAUUUGUAAGUGAUCUCUUAAGAAUCCACCCCAGCUGAUGACCAGGACACGUUUAACGAUCACAGCACUGCAGCUCCGUCAGGACACCUUCUACCACAUUCACUGUGGCUGAGGUUGAAGAUUCAUUCCAUAAAGGCCUGGGGUUGAAAUUACAACUUGAAGCUUUCAGGUGUAUGUAUCUUUUUUCCCUGUUAAGAUAUGAAACCAAGGCAUUACCUUCUCUCCCUCUCCACAAGAGGAGUUUAAGCAUUAGCUGUGCUUUGCGUUUUGCAGGUUCAUGUCCUCCAUUUCUUGGCAAAAUACGGUGCUCCUGCCAGUCUUGCCCAGCUGCUCUGUGUUUCAGGUCAUGGCUACCCAGAAAGGACCAGGGGGCCACUUUGCUUUUCUGUGUUCCCAUCCAGGGUGCUGAGGGGUGUAACAUCAAAAAAAAAAAAAAAAAAAAAAUUAUGUGUAGGGAGUUACUGUAGUGACUGAACUACAGCUCCAAGUCAGGGGCUAGCAAGAGUGUACAUGCUCCCCUCUGAAAUUCUCUCCCUGCAAGGAGAGGAACGCAGCACACUCCAUUCUGGAGCACAUCCAUACCAGUCAGGAUGGGCAGCAAAGGGAGGCUCAUCCCCAGCCCCUGUAACCCUGUAACAGCUGCCAGCACUGGGACACGGCAGUUUCAGCCACCAUCUCUUGCAGUGCCCUGAACCCUUCAGACCCCUCAUUCUCUCAGGUCACCUUACACAGUUCCAGCACUGAUUUAGUAACAGCCAGAAUAUCACCAAGCAUUUUAGCUAGAUUAUUACUAAUAUAUCUUGGAAAACAGGCCCCCCUGCCCCCCAUCUAUGUCCUCUCCACCUCAGAAUGAAGGCUGUGUUUUUAACAGACCCACCUGUUGUGACAGCUAAGCUGACUUUUCACCUUUCCUCCCGCAGUAAGAGGCCACAGGAAAUGCACUCAUUUUUAAAUCAAGUCUUUGAUGCCAGCCGUGUGUUUAAACCCAGGGCUAGUUGUUCUGCCGUAGCGAUCACUCAGGCAAGGGAAAGCUUAACACAAAAAGCACCAGGACCACACAAGUUUGGUCAAGAAAAGGAACUAACAAACAGCCCUGACAGUUAUUCUGCCAUGAUUAAAAAAAAAGUAGGAAUGUAUUGUGUGGCUAGCACAAGGGUAUCUCAGGGCCUUCUGCAGCAAUGAAGUAUGUCUUAGCUUUGGCAGAUCUGCCCCUAGUUUAAAUUCAUCCAGUAGACGGGACUUUAGAAACAGUGUCAGGACUGGAGAGGCAUCCUGGCCAGCAGUCCUGGCCUAACCACAGGAAGAUGAAGUAGUUUCAUUUCUUCCCCUCAUCUCUGCCAAGGCAACUGUACAUUGUUGCUAUAAAUAGAGACAUUGGAGCUUCUUUUAACCUUGGAGGGAGAGAACUCGGCCACUGUACCAGCAAAAGAGGCAAAGGGCUGUUGUCACCUAGAAAUGUCUCGAUGCCACUGGAGUUCCCCUCCAGCCCACGGGCCCACUCAGGUGGUAAGAAAUCCUUGCUCAGAGCUCCCAGUAAACCCCAUCUGCCCAACACACGCAGCACUGGGAUGCAUGCCCUGCUAACCCAAAAGCUGCAUCAGCAGAAAAGCACAAGUUGGAACCAUCGCCAGAAAAAAAGCCUGCUGCAGUCUGGAGGUGAGGAGGAGUUCUUGGUGCCUGCUGUUGCAAUUUGGAAAGAUAAAGAUAGAACUACUGAAUUUGGUUUCUGACUUCAUGAGACUCCCUUCCAAGGUCAGUGCUUCAGCUGUGGAGGUCAGGCUGCAGCUACCACAGAAGCAAGCAGUACACCUGUGUGCAGGCAGGUUUUAUUACAGGGCUUUGCUCUUGUGUUCAGAUCGUAAAGCUUGAAGCUGUGCCAAGCUGGCCUUGUAAAUGCAAACCACACCUAUUUUCCAUCUGGUAGGAGAUUAUGGAAAGCAAGCCCUCAUCUUUUAAAAGUAACUGGCAGAUCUUGCAAAACAGUAAAUACUUCCCAUUCUAUGAACAAGAUUUUGACAGUUCUGAGCUAAAAGAUGAAUUAAUGCACAAGACCAAAUUCUAGAAUUUCGGAUAACUCAGUUACAAGACACAAUCAUGCGGACGCCUCACAGCAGUAGCCAGCAGCUCCUGACAUGCGUGUUCUGAGCAAGAGCAGUGGAAUUACGCCAUCAGGGAACAGCCGUUGAGCAGCAGCAACAAAACACAAAGGUAAGAAAGACAGCAGGAUUCCCAUCUCAGCAGCACUUGGCUGCUCAUGGCACAGCCUUCGGUGGAGGGGCAUCCACAUCAGAAAACUCGUAUGGGAACUGAGCAGAAUGUGUUUGUAGCUGGAAAUUUAAAGAGUGUUCUCUCCAUCAUGCAGAGAGGUAAUGGCUGGAGGUGGCAGGGCAGUGGAGGAUUCACACAGCUUUAGCCCCAACCAUCAAUGUUGAAUUACCAAAAAUAUAUAAACAGUGAGGUAACAAGUAAGCCUCUUCCAAGAAACACAACUAGUCAAGGAAGAGGGAAAGCAACACUCUACAGCUACUCCUUCAACAGAUGGCUGCUGUGAAGUAACAUGGGUGCUGUGCAAUGGACAAGAGGAAUACAAGGGCUACGUGUGAGCCUGCAUAAAGAGUUAUCACACUGCUGAAGUUCUUAUUGCAAAGCCUCCAUCCCCUGGAAGCACACUACAAAAGAGACUAUGAUAACAGUAACAAGAGAGCAAAAGCAUUUGAAAUUCUCAUCCUUUAAUGGUCAAUGAUAACUUCUGGCUGGUUCUGUGUAAUACAAUUAAACAUACUUAAAUGUUUC